UGUUGUGUGCAUCUGCCCCCCUGACGGUACAAUAACCUCCAUUCGAUCGGCAACUGGAACGACGGCAGUUUCGGUCCGAUGCCGGUGAUCUCGGCGCAGCUACGCGCUAUAAACGGAGCGCCUGCGAGUACGGAGUGCAUGCAUGAGGACUACGAAUAUGGUUUACGAGUCGCAACAGAUGUCCUAGCCAUGAGUACUUCUUGAACACGUUUACACCUCUGGACAUUUCUGAAGACUUCUGGAACUUUCUGCAGUGAUGGCCCUCAUGGCACUCCAGCUGCUGGGUUUUCUCUUGGGCAUGCUGGGAUUCUUUGGAACAGUCAUUGCCAUGGUGAUGCCCCAGUGGCGAUGCGCCGACUACGUGGGCCCCAAUAUCAUCACGGCUAUGGCGUACAUGAAGGGGCUGUGGAUGGAGUGCGUGUGGAACAGUGCGGGUGUCUACCAAUGCGAGACCCAUCGCUCCUUGCUGGGUCUGCCCAAGGAUCUGCAGGCAGCCCGGUGCCUCAUGGUUUUAUCCUGCCUGAGCUCCAUCCUGGCCAUCACCCUCGCUGCUAUGGGCAUGGAGUGCACGCGCUGUGUCCACCGGGCCCCAGCCAAGCGAGGCCUGGCCAUGGCGGGAGCUAGCUGCUUUGCCAUCGCUGGCCUGCUCUGCCUGGUGACUGUGUCCUGGACCACCAGCGAGGUCAUGCAGAACUUGGCCAACCCCCUCCUGCCUGAUGCCUUGAAGUUUGAGAUGGGACAGGCUGUGUACGUCGGGUUUGUCUCCGCCAGCCUUAGCCUCACCGGCGGGGCCUUGCUUUGCCUCUUCUGUGGCGACUCAAAGAAAAACAUCCCCCAAUCCCAUAAUGCCUUUCAGGCUCCUGACUACCAUCCCCCUGCAGAAUGGAAUCAUGCCCUGUCUCAUUACUCAACCUCCAGCAGUGGCUACAGGCUCAGUGAUUAUGUGUGAGCAGGGUGAGGGAGAGAUUAUCAUGAAGAUGUUAAGACCCAGAAAGGUGGGCAUCCCUGCUUUCGGUUCAUUGAUGUUAAAGCUUGGGACUUGGGGCGAAAUACAGACUGAUUCUCAUGUUUACAGUGACUGUUAUUAUGCUAAGAGAUACACAGAGAAAUUGGGAAAUGCUGGAUUUAUGAUUUGUUGGGUGAUGCACUGUGGAAAUGCUGUAGCUGAUAUUUUCUGUACUGGCUGAGGUGUAUUCAUCCAAAAAAAGGUAACUAGAGGUUUUUAGUGCACAUCACCUGAAGAGGGCACCAUAUGGGCAAAUCUGAGGACCUGGGGGAGCAAGGUAGAGAAACUAAUAUGCUGUGUAGAAAGCAAAGGGCACUCUUUGCCAAAUCCUCCUGAUGCAGACUGUCUGUAAAAAACAAGCUUUGACAAACCAUACCUUUAAAAAAGAAGGUAUAACGUGCUAUCAUCUGAGGCAACCCAUUAAUUACAACUGUGCAAAUUUGCAGCAUAAGCCCCGUUGCUCUGAUGGGCAGCAUGGGUCUUCAGACACUGCCCAGCUGUCAGUUUAAUCUGUGGCUUCCUGCCAGUCACUGAGAAACUUUAUAGUAUGGCACCCAUCUGUUAAUUCCCACAGACAGUUGUCAUGAAAUGAGGAGAGCCAUGUAUAUAAAGUUCUUUAGGACAAGUUAGCUGGUGCGUGGCAUAAGCAGCCAUUGUUACUGAAAGCAACAUAGAUAAUAUGAUUCUUUGUUUGUAAAUAAAUUACAAAUGUAUUUUUAUUAUAAGUUUAAUUUGGCAGUUUUUAUUUUGGCUCCUAAAGAAACUGUCUUUAACAUCCACGUGUCCGUGACCUUCCUUUUGAAGCUUAGUGAUAUAAUGCAGUCUUUUAUAAAAUGUUUCUCUGUAAUGCAUUUUCUUUGUCUUGCUGUGUUGUUGUUUUUUUCAUUUUAGCUAAAGCAACAGUUUACCUUAUCAAAAAGUGAAUAACAUGAACAUGGAUGUUAAGGGCAGUUAGAGCAGCUGUACAGAUUGAAGUUAGAGGUUCACUAUGUAUAAGUAAAGGAACAUGCAUUAAAUUUAACAUUAUAAUCUCA